AGUGGCCGCGGGGGUAACACCGAGGCCGCGGGCCGGGGCCCCCGCUUCGCCCCGCCGCCGCCCAUGUGGCUGCAGCAGCGGCUGAAGGGGCUGCCGGGGCUGCUCUCCAGCAGCUGGGCGCGGCGGCUGCUGCUGCUCCUGGCGCUGCUGCUCGUCGCCUACUGGUACCUGGGCGCGGCGCGGGCGCGGCGGGGCGCAGGGCGGGGGGCCGAGCCCCACGGUGCCGCCGCUCUCUGCCUGCAGGCGGCCACGGGCUCUUGGCGGGCGCAGGCCGAGCGCGGCGAUGCGCUGCCGCUGCCGGAGGAGCCGGUGGGGGAGGACGGGCCGGGGCCGGGCCUGGCGCUGGCGGGUAACGGCUUCCUGCUGCUGGACGUGGCCGCCGGCCGCCUCUGGGUGUCGGCGGCGGGGUCCGGCGGCGGCCCGGUGCUCGCCACCGAGUAUCCGGCGCUGGUGCGGCUGAGGGCGCUGGGGGGGCGAGGAGAAGCGCGGGCGGCGCUGGCGGCGCUGCGGGACGGUGCCGUGCGGCGGGUGCGGUGCGUCCAGACGGGGCCCGGGGCGGGCGCCGGGGACUGCGUGACGGUGCGGGAGGAGGUGGUGGCCCACCGGAGCCGGCCGCACCUCUACCUGCAGCGCAUCCGCAUUGCCAACCCCACCGAGAGGGUGGCUGCCUUCGAGGCCUCGGCCCCGGCUUCUGCCCCGUCGCUGGGCAGCCGCUUCGCCACCAGCCUGGAGAAGGCGGAGGAGCGGCAGUUCCUGCUCUCUUCCGGUCGCCUGCUGCUGCCCGGGAGCCCCAAGGUGGUGCUUAUGGUGGUGGCUGCCAAGAAGCUCGUGAGCCGGGUGCAGGUUGCGCCCAAAUCCCACUUUGAUGAAACCGUGCUCUCGGUGGUGUACACCUCAGAGCCCAUCGAGGUCUCCAGGCUGGAGGAGACCUUCAGCAAGCUGAAGGACUCGGCCAAGAAAGAGAUGCUGGAGGUGAUGCAGAUGGGGGUGGAAGAUCUUUUCCAGGAGCACCAGCAGACCUGGUCUGACCUGUUCAUUUCAGGGGUUGAAAUGAGAAAGAUCACAGAUGCGCAUACACCAUCCAGUGAGACUGUUAACAUGACCCUCUACUACGUGCUGUCGAGCAUGCCAGCUCCUCUGCUGGAUCCCCUCAUCAGUGGUGAGGACAGAGAGAAAAUGGAAGCCAGCUUGAACUAUGCUGACCACUGCUUCAGUGGCCAUGCGACCAUGCACGCAGAGAACCUGUGGCCAGCAAAGCUGACCAGCAUCACCCAGGUCUUGCAGCUCUCAGACCUGUGGAAGCUCACUCUCCAGAAACGAGGAUGCAAGGGUCUCGUGGCAGCUGGUGUCCAUGGACUUAUGCAGGGAAUGGUGCUUAGUUUUGGGGGUCUGCAGUUCACAGAAAACCAUCUUCAGUUUCAGGCUGACCCCGAUGUACUUCAUAACAGCUAUUCCUUACGUGGGAUCCAUUACAAUAAGGACUUCAUUAAUCUAGCUGUUCUGUUGGAUGCCGAAGGAAAGCCCUUCUUGCACGUGUCUGUGAAAUUCCAGGACAAGCCAGUGAAACUGUAUGCGUGUGAGGCAGGCUGUAUGAAUGAGCCUGUGGAGCUGACCUCAGAGGCACGAGGCCACACGUUCCCCGUCAUGGUGACUCAACCCAUCACACCACUGCUUUAUAUAUCGACAGAUCUGAUCCACUUGCAGGACCUGAGACACACACUCCAUCUAAAAGCUAUUCUGGCUCAUGAGGAACACAUGGCCAAGCAAUACCCAGGCUUACCCUUCCUUUUCUGGUUCAGUGUGGCCUCCUUAAUCACAUUGUUUCACUUGUUUCUGUUCAAACUCAUCUACAAUGAAUAUUGCGGGCCAGGAGCCAAGCCACUCUUCAGGAGUAAGGUAUAAGGCUGCUGCUUUUGGCUGCUGUCCACUGAGUGUUGUUCACCUGAUUUUGUGUCAGCUGUGCCUAGGGAGGUUCUGUCUUGGACUGUGAGGAUUUUCAGUCUCUAUUGCAACAAGUGAUCUGUGACCUCUUAUUGCAAGAAGUAAGAUUAGGGCAGGGAUCAGAGCGUUAGAGCUCACAAACAUUAGAAAAGAUAUCUCCAUUGUCCUUCUUAAACAUUUGUAAGGCUGCAGAUCAAGACAGACACAGCUUUUUUUUGUCCUUUUUCCAUACAUCAAUGUAGGACAUUGCUUGUUUUUAGGCCAACAGUUGCAGCUGUGUCAUGAGAUGGUGUUUCUUGUUAUGCAGUACAGGAGUGCUUGUGAGAGAGCUGCUAUACUUGUCCUUACUACUGUGUGGGAGACGUGCAGGCUUUUCUGCCUGGUUUGAAUGUGUGAAGUGUCAUACUCAGACACAAGCUGGUGUUCUUGGGUGAAAGUGCUCACUUGUUGGGACUCCUGGUAAAUGUUCACAGAUUCACAGGCACUGUGAAGUCCACCAUCAAACCACAUCUACCACCAUCAUUUUGGGA